AUGCAAAAUGCAAUGCGAAGGGUAGUAAUAACAGGCCUGGGAGGCGUUACUCCACUCGCAGUGGGUAGGAUGACCGGAAGAUGGCAUUGUUUGCGCAGUAUGCCAUGGCUUCGGCGGAGGAAGCUCUGCAAGACGCAAACUGGAAACCUCAGUCCGAAGAAGAUCUUCAAGCAACANGGGGUCUAUAUUGGCUCUGGUAUAGGCAGCCUGGACGAUGCCUACAAUACAGCAGUUGAGUUUGAAAAGGGUGGUUACAAGAAAGUGUCGCCGCUAUUCGUGCCCAGACUUCUGAUCAAUCUGGCUGCAGGCCAUAUUUCCAUGAAGUAUGGGUUCAAGGUACGUGUGACCUUUCUACAACGCCGACAGACCUCUUGGACUAACGGUUGGAGNGGCCCUAACCACGCAGCGACAACGGCCUGUACAACAGGAGUCCAUGCCAUUGGUGAUGCUGCCCGUAUGAUCACCUUUGGAGAUGCAGAUGUCAUGGUUGCUGGGGGUGCAGAGUCUUGCAUUCAUCCGCUCGCCGUCGCCGGUUUUGCUCGAGCCAGAAGCUUAGCCACAAACUGGAACGACAAACCCCAGGAGGCUUCGAGGCCAUUCGAUAGUUCGAGAGCGGGUUUCGUGAUUGGCGAAGGAGCCGGUGUUGUGGUACUCGAAGUAAGUCUUGUAUACACAUCAUGUUAUGGCGCGAUAUGUUCUAAUCAUACUCGGCAUCUANNGGAAUUGAAGCACGCAAAAGCACGUGGAGCUUCCAUUCAUGCUGAAGUCAAAGGCUAUGGUCUCUCGUCUGAUGCACACCAUAUGACGGCUCCCCGAGAAGAUGGUCAGGGCCCAUAUCUCGCCAUGAAGCGAGCGCUGAAGCAGGCCGGCAUCAGACCUGGAAGUGUCGACUAUGUGAAUGCUCAUGCUACUUCGACCGUACUCGGUGAUGCCGCUGAGAACCGUGCUAUCAAGACAUUGCUACUCGGCGAAGAAGGAUACACGAGCGCUGGCGAGGUCAAUAUCAGCAGUACCAAGGGUGCAGUAGGCCACUUACUUGGAGCCGCUGGAGCCGUAGAGACCAUAUUCACUGUUCUGGCAUUACAGAACGUAUGUACCAGCCCCGAAGCUCAGAUUGGAACAAACUGA